AUGACAGACAGUACCUCGGUGUCAGUUUACUUGAAACAUCCUGAAGCUGACAAGUAUGGAAAGCACAGCGGCAGAGGGAAAAAGUCAGCAAACAAGAUGGAGGCAGAGGUUAAAGCGCUUUAUGUGGAAAACAACUUGCCUGCUUGUCAAGCAGCAGAGAACAUUGUCAUUAUCGACCCAAACAAGCACGACCUUCUCUACUGCCAAGACAGCAAUGGUGCAACAAUGUUUCGCUAUACCGCCAAUCAAUGCUGCAAGGAGACUGAUUCAGAUCAUCGAAAGGAAUUCUACUCCCACCCUGCCCACACGCAGUGGAAGUGGCAUGCAUUUAUAAACCGUCAGAAGAGUGAAUCAAACCUCAUAUCCAACAUGCGCAACAAGUUUGGGAACUUCACCAUUGUGAUGGGUGAUUGGAGUGAUGCCGGUCGAACUGCAAGAUUUCAGACCUCAUCAAAGACGAAAGGUUGGCGCACCCUCUUUAAGCGCAACAGGAUCAACUGCUUCCUUCUCGACGAGUACAAGACCUCAUCUGUCUGCCCUCACUGUUUGGCCUCAUCUGCUGACUUCCUUGAAAAAGGCUUCAAAACACGACCUCAUUCAAGACCUUGGCGCCGUCGCGAAGGCAAGAUUGAAAAAGUCCAUGGAUUGCUGGGUUGUACCAACCCUAACUGUCAGCAAGCCUGGACGAUGCGCUACUGGAACAGGGACACGCUGAGCACCUGCAACAUGCUGAUGAUCGUGCAAUCAAUGUUAGAUGGACACGGUAGACCAAAAGUGUUCAGCAGGGGUGUUCCAGCCGUAGCGUAGAUUAGUUAGAUUACCUUUUCCGAACUGGUUGUCGCCGGUUCAAUCCCUGGUGCGGGUGCUAGUGCCAAUACCCAUCGGCUCCGC